GAGGGGUAGUGUUCUGUCCUCCAAGGCCGUCGACCGGGUGUAGGAUUAGAUAGGGUUAAACUAUUAUUGACGGUUAAUAGUUGGCAGGGUAAUUUAAUUUAAUUUUCCUAAUUUUGUAUCAUAUUUUACCAUAUAUAACGGAUUGUACAGUAGGUGGCGGCAUGCACCAAACAUUUGUUUGCGGACCGCUAUAAAUAUUAUAGAAGAAGAAGAAGAAUGUUCAUGACACGUUCGUGUUGUUUUCUUUUUCAAACUGUACGUUCGGACAAGUAGUCUUGGUGACGGGCAGCCUCUGGAGGUGAAGACUGUAAGGCACUGAUUUAAAGCAUCAUGGAAGGGGACAGUAAACCACUACUGGACCCAGUGUGUAGAGGAAUCUACACAGACAAAGGCUCCACAGAUUCACUGGACCGAGGGGCAAGGAGGCCUUUCCACGUGGAGCAUCGGAAUAUAGUGGAGAAUGAGCCCUCUGAGAGGGUGUCAGCAGAGGCCUCUGUCCUCAGCAGCAGAGUGCACUACUAUAGCCGACUCACUGCCUCCUCUGACAGACUGCUGAGCCCUCCAGACCAUGUGAUCCCCUGUCAAGAGGAGCUCUAUGUGUACAGUCCUCUGGGGAUGGCCUUCAAAGUGACUGGAGGGGACGGAGGGGCCAAAAACCCCAGCAUCAUCACGAUUUUUGCCAUAUGGAACACGAUGAUGGGGACAUCUAUACUCAGUAUACCAUGGGGAAUAAAGCAGGCAGGGUUCACGUUGGGCAUCGUCCUCCUGAUCUCUAUGGGUCUGCUGACCCUCUACUGCUGUCUCAGAGUGCUCAAAUCACCCAAGUCAAUACCGUACAUCGACACGUCAGACUGGGAGUUCCCUGACGUGUGUAAAUAUUACUUUGGGAAGUUUGGCCAGUGGUCCAGUCUGGUGUUUUCCAUGGUGUCACUCAUUGGUGCUAUGGUGGUCUACUGGGUCCUAAUGUCCAACUUCCUCUUCAACACGGGCAAAUUCAUCUACAACUAUGCGCAUAAUGUCAGCAUGUCAGAUACAGAGUUUGGAACCAACGGGUCAGAAAGAGUGAUCUGCCCGUUCCCCGACACGGGGGACCACAAAGGGAACAGCGGCAUCAGCGGCCUCUACCUGAACACCAACAACUACGGCAACGACACGUCAGACACCGCCGUGUUCGACCGCUGGUGGAGCAAGACCAACACCAUCCCAUUCUACCUCAUCAUCCUGCUGCUACCGCUGCUCAACUUCCGCUCUGCUUCCUUCUUCGCCCGCUUCACCUUCCUGGGCACCAUAUCUGUGGUCUACCUCAUCAUCCUGGUCACACUGAAGGCUAUUCGUCUGGGCUUUCACCUGGAGUUCCACUGGUUAGAAUCCACUCAGUUCUACGUUCCAGAAUUCAGGCUGCUGUUCCCUCAGCUGACUGGUGUUCUCACCUUGGCCUUCUUCAUCCACAACUGCAUCAUCACCUUGAUGAAGAGCAACAAGCACCAGGAGAACAACGUGCGGGACUUGUCUGUGGCCUACCUACUGGUUGGACUGACGUACCUAUACGUGGGAGUGUUGAUCUUUUCUGCGUUCCCCUCCCCUCCUCUGUCAAAAGACUGCAUUGAACCAAACUUCCUGGAUAACUUCCCCAGCAGUGACGUGCUGGUGUUUGUGGCACGGACCUGUCUGCUUUUCCAGAUGACCACUGUCUACCCCCUUCUGGGCUACCUGGUGCGUGUCCAGAUGAUGAGCCAGGUCUUCGGCAAACACUACCCCAGUUUCUUCCACGUUUUCACUCUGAACAUUUUCAUCGUUGGCACUGGUGUCUGCAUGGCGAAGUAUUACCCCAACAUUGGCUCCAUUAUAAGGUACUCGGGGGCGACGUGUGGCCUGGCCCUGGUCUUUGUCUUCCCUUCUCUAGUCCACAUGAUCUCCCAGAAGCGUAGAGGGGAGCUCAGCUGGCCCUCGGCCAUCUUCCACAGCCUCCUCAUUGUCCUGGGCGUGGCCAAUGUGGCAGGACAGUUCUUCAUGUAGUUAUGCCACUACUUGGUUGGUCUGUCCCUCAAUGAAGCUGGGUCUGGUUCAUUAGUCACCAAACGGAAGAAAAUUGACAGAAACAGGGAGGUGGGACGACUUGGACUUGUCCAUUGUGAAAUGCUAAUUUUAGUUUUCCGAUGAGUGCCCUGAUGAUUACGACCCGGCACAAGCCUUUUGUAUACAUUGUGUACGGUUCAGAGAGAUGCAGGAGAUGGCAUCCAACUCUCAUGGUCUGGUUUGCACAGGGAGCAGUCUCUGGGGAAUUCAAGCUAAUGUCUUUGUCUUUCUACUUUAACUGCACGUUCUCUUCUUUCAGUGGGAGUUUCAUGUCCAUUUAGAUUGCUUCUUUGGAAAUUUACAUUAGUUUUGCUCCCUCCACAAACAUGCUUUUAUUAAGGGCAUUGACUUUCACCUCAGAACUAUCCUCCUUCAACAUGAUGGUGCAGAAAUGUUUUAGGUUAUUUUAUGUUGAUUUAAAAAAAAAAAAAAUUGGGGUAGUUCAGUAGGACUGAGCUAGCCUUGCACAGCCUUGUUCACAUGUACUGUUCUGAUAACUAAUCUUUCGUUAUUUCCUCCUUCAGGUUGAUUUAUUUUGGGGUUUCCAUUGUAGUUUGAACAAUUUAAGCACUGUUCUUCUCAUCAGUGUAAAAUACACAUAUUUAAUUUUUUGGUUUAAAUGCAAUUCAUAUGUAGAACAUAGAAAGCAACCCAAUUUAAUAAGUUGAUUUAUAAAUAAUGUGUGUGUAGCUUGCGUCAAAGUACACCAGUGCAAUGGCAAGAAGUCUGUGGGAGAUUUGUCAAUAGAUAAUCAUGUGGUCUGACUUUCUGUAGCAUAAUUCCCCAGAGAGUGAAGCAUUUGACUGACAAAUGUUACUGAAUGAUUCCCUUAAACAUGUUCCCCUCCCUCCCUCCUAUUCUCCCCCUUCUGUUUGAACACUAUACAUUCUAUAUAGUUCAUAUUAUUCUGGGGAAAAUGCACAAAUCAUGUCCUGUAUUCAGUCUUAUCUUUUUGAGGGGAAAUCUGGAUAGAAUUAUUUGACGUGUAAAAGCAGGGAAGUAAUUUGUGGUGACUGUUAGGCCUUUUGAACUUUCUUGGCCCCAUGUGGAUAUUUGGGUGGAGUUCAUUUGUUCCCUGGUUCUUAAAGGGAAAUGCCACUCAAACUAUUUUCAUGUUUGUUUCAUUAGUCCACUGUUGAUACGGUCCAAUAAUGUUUUGCAUGUCAAGCAAUCAAGUUUUAAAAUACACCUUUCAAAAUGAUUUGUAUGUCUUCUUAUCGCAUCUUACUUUGACACUUUCUGUAUUUUUGAACUUGAUUGCUGACGUAAAACAUUUUGGGACCAUGUCAACAGUGAACUAAUGAAACAAAUGCGAACGAAAAUAGUUUGAGUGGUAUUUUUCCUUAAAUGUAUUACUUUGUUAUUGUAAGGUAAAGUUGCCCCGAGAUGCUGAUCUUGGGUCAGUUUUGUAAUUUCCCCACUAGGAUUUGGAAAGCUAAUCCUAGUGUAAACCUCAAUGUUCAUCUGCCAUUUGACAGAAUGAUGCCAUAGUCAUUUUGGAGCACCAACCGUAUACUUGAACAAAUGGAAACUGCACCUUAAUGUUAUCGGAUGGAUAAAGGGAUUGUGUACGUUCACUAAAAUGUUGCUUGUCAUACAAAACCUGGCCUCAUUCUUUGGUAAGUAAGAUGAUAGCCAUUAGGGUGUUUUUAAUGGCAAUUCACAGAAAGUUGUGUGUGUGUGGUUGUCUGAAAUUACAGACUGAAGAGAGCAAUGAUGAGUAAUUCAAAUACGAUCAGGAUAUAGUAAUAAACAAUAUUACAAGGAAGUAACAAACUAUUGGAAUAAUUUAUAACCAAUGAUGGUUAAAUGCACCAUUGAUUUCCAAAGGAAAACAGCAACUAAAAAGGUCCACAAGGGAGCAGACUUAUAGAAACAGGCCAAAUAGCCUUCAGCAUGAGGAAUGACAACAAAGCCAGUCUUAGCAUACAAGCUAGCAAUUAUGUCUCCAUAUUAACAUAGAAGUUAGAGCUAAAUAACUAGCGGAGAAAUGUACAUAAGCACAUGGACAGAGUAUUCACUGUAAAGCACAUGAAAAUAACACCUCACUGUGAAAUACUUUGUGUGUCCGCAGUUAAAACAAGGUAACUGUAUACAUGUGCUCUAUAGAGCUCGCCAGCUUGUAGUCCUAAAAGCGUAAGUGAGUUAUUUCUGGUUCGUUUGGCCAUUCCUAUCCGAAUAAACACAGAAAAAUAAGGUCUGAGGUUAACAUCGGUUUAAGAGCUCUUAUAUGUAUUGUUCUAUGGGAAGUCAGUUAACAUGACCUUGAUGAAUUAUGACGCCUUAGUGCUUUAAAUUACAUAAAUGCUUAAAAAUGCACAACUUUACAUUAGCUGAUGAAGAUUCUCAUAGAAAAAAAUGUGACCUCCUCAGCCUGUGUUUACUAGAGAAAUUAAAUUCCCCAUAGGCUUUGACCAACGAGCCAUGGUGGCAUUAGUGCCUACAAAAAUACGCCAUUACUAUUGCUCUCUAUACAUAGUGCAUUUGGAAAGUAUUCAAACCCCUUGACUUUUUACACAUUGUUACAUUCCAGCCUUAUUCUAAAAUGAUUACUAACUGGUUCUCAAUUUACACAAUACCCUAGAAUGGCGAAGUGGAAAUAUGUUUAGAAAUUUUAGCAACUGUAUUACAAAUAAACACCUUAUUUACAUAAGUA